AUGACUGAAAGCAAUUACGACUACUUGUUCAAAGUUGUUUUGAUUGGAGACUCGGGAGUAGGGAAAUCCAAUCUGCUCUCGCGAUUCACCAGGAAUGAGUUUAACCUUGAUACGAAAUCGACUAUUGGUGUAGAAUUUGCUACUCGCUCCAUCAAUGUCGACGGGAAAACCGUCAAAGCGCAAAUAUGGGACACUGCGGGUCAGGAGCGGUAUCGCGCUAUCACUGCGGCCUAUUACCGCGGAGCCGUUGGCGCGCUCCUGGUUUACGACAUUGCCAAACACGCCACGUACGUCAACGUAACACGGUGGCUUAAGGAGCUUCGUGACCAUGCAGACUCGAACAUUGUCAUUAUGCUCGUUGGUAACAAGAGUGAUUUAAAGCAUCUGCGGGCCGUUCCUACCGAAGAAGCCAAGGUGUUUUCAUCGGACAAUGGGUUGUCCUUCAUCGAGACUUCAGCGCUGGACGCAUCAAAUGUCGAAGCAGCAUUUCAGAACAUUCUUACCGAUAUAUACAGAAUCGUAUCCAACAGGGCACUAGAAGCGGACAACCCGACCAAACCUGAAGGAGGCACCAUCACUGUACCUGUCACCGUUGACAAUGCAACGAAGGAGAAGAGCGGGAAUUGCUGUUGA